AAAGAGGUUACUUAACCAGGGUGUAUAACGACACCGCCAUAAGGAAAAGAUGGAAGCGGGAUUACCAGAAGCAGACAACCUCUCACGUAUCAAACAUAAAACAGAAGAAGAGGAAGAGAAGGGAGCUAAUGGUGGGGUUUUGAACAAUCUGAUAUCCAACUUGAUUGGUACAACAACAACAACAACAGUAAACGACAAAUCUGGUGAAAACAUCCCAAAAUCCGAAUGUGAAGAUGGAGAUCAUGAGAAGAAGAAAGAGAGUUCAGGUGCUGGAAUCUUGGAAAAUAUUAUUUCUCAUCUGCCAGCAGACGAUAUUGAAGUUCCAACGACACAGGAAGCAUCCAUGCUGAUCCACUCUGUGAUUGACUGAAGAAGACUUCAACCACACGUCAUUUUCAUCGUUUAUGUUGUUAGGACUUGUGUUUUUUUGUGCCUCUCUUAGAGAAACCCUUUGUUUUUUUUUUUUGCUUUUUUUUUGUGAAUUUGAAAUCUUCUCCAGGCCAUCAUGGACUUAUCUUGUCUAUUUUUAAGCUCUUCAAUCAAAAACAAAAUAAAUAACUUUUAGUUAUCUUGUCUA